UAUAUCACUUGCCAUUCAUAUAUCUUGAAAGUGGAAGAAGAAACAAAAAGAAGUUAAGCUUAAUUCUUCUAUUCUUCCCAACUUUUAGAGAAUUCCAAUUUUGUCAAAGUUCUUUUUGUUCAUUCUCUCAUAUAUAACAAUUCUAAAAAUCUCUUUACCUUUUAGCCUAUUUUCUUGAGAUAAUGAAGCAAGUUCUACUUUCUCUUUUGCUUUUAUCCACUUUGGUCCAUGAAGCACAAGCUAGGAAUAUUCCCAUGUUAAAGGAAAAUGUUUUGAAAGAAAGAAGUGAUGAUGGAUAUUCUGGAGAAGUUAAUAAACUUUGCAAAGAUGACCAUUGUUCAUCAUCAGGAAGAAAUAGGAAACUUAUGACAAAAACAACCUCUACUUCUAGUCCAAUUAUCACAACUACUUCAACAAAGAAUAUCAAGAAUGAAGGAAAUAAAGCUCAUGAUACCACCAUAUUGAAAGGCCAAUCACGUAGUGAAACUUUCUCAGUCAAUUCAUCGCCGGAAACUGGUCACCGGAAAACAUCCUCCGAUCACCAUCCCGACGUGCUAGACCUAGCCGGAAUGGAUUAUUCUCCGGCGAAGAGAAAACCUCCAAUUCACAACUAAGAGAAUAUUGUAUGAAGAAGUUAUUGGAAAAUAUUAAUAGUUCAAAAAAAAUUGUAGUUGAAAAAAACAAUAUAUAUUUGUAGCACUUAAAUUAGAAAAAGAACCCUUUAAUUAGGGGGAAAAAAUUACUAUAUAAGAGUAGUGGAGACAGUAUUCAGAAAUGAUGCCCUUCUUUUAGGGUUAGGAAGAUUUUGUCCAUAUUUUCAUAUUAAUUACUUACUUAUAUAUAUUAUUAGUUGAUGAUUGAGUCAUAAUUACUUUCAUG